AUGUCUAGUCGUGGACCUGCACCGCAAGGGUUCGUCUCCAACUGGCAAUUUUCAUUCCAAAUCCCGACUUGUCAUGGCAAGAACCUUCAACUCAACAAGUGGACCUCCAGCUGGACAGAAUGCUUCUCAGCUCUAAUGGAGGUCUUCUACGAAGAGGACAUGAAGGCCAACGGCUCAUGGCCCGAGUAUGAGUGA